UGUUGCCUUCGACUGCAAAGACUAGUGAGUAGCAGCCAUGGAAUCCCCUACGAGGUAUUCGGUUUUAGCCCCUCAAAAUAGAUCACCUUAAUGGAUUGGCAUGGGGGAAAGUCUGUUUACAAACCUGGCUAAACAACAGCUAUGGUGCAUCUUCGUUAUCAUGCUCACUGAUAUCUUUACGCGACAAGUCCUGUGUCAGCAGCCCUGCCAGAUCCAACACUGCAAUGCUGAGUACCUGGCCUUGUCUUCAGCGCCACCUUCCUCCUCCUCCUCCGCUGCCCAGUGGGGUCCCGUGGUCCCCCCGCUCCCCCUGCUGGACACAUGUGAGGUACUGCGCGGCUACUCGGACUGCACCAAGCGCACGGCUCGCAGCUGCCGUGGAAACCUGCUGUUCCACUCGGCGCUGUACCGCAUCCGGGAGCUGUUCUCUCAGCUCAACUGCUCCAGGGAGGGUCCCGUCUACCCGCCUCCCCCUCCUCCUGGGGCCGACCCCAGCCGCAGCUCACCCCUAGGGCCUGCAGGGGGCGCUUCUCUGUGUGACUACUGGAGGCGAGAGCAGGGCGAUGUCCACUCCUUCAGGCCGGACGUUGAGGGCUCUGCGGGUGUGAACGUCCACUGCGGGAUGUUUGGGGACCCUCACCUGCGCACCGUCAGGGACCAGUUCCAGACCUGUAAGGUGGAAGGGGCGUGGCCUCUCCUGGAUAACCGGUACCUGACCGUCCAGGUGACCAACUCACCUGUGUCAAGGGGCAUGGGCCCCACUGCCAUCACCAAGAUCACAGUGAUCUUUAAGGCGUUCAGCGGCUGUACGGAGCAGAAGGUGUACCAGGCCACCGCAGACGCCGACGCGGACGCAGACGACCUCCCCCUCGCCUUCACCGAUGGCAGCCGCUCCAGCGCAGACGGCCACAGCCUGCGUGUCUCCGCGGCGACUCCCCCUGGCGACGGCCCCGUCCACGUGGUGCGGCUGCGGGCGACCCACGCCGGAGCGUCCAUCCUGGUGCGCCGCACGGGCCACUCGCUGGCGUUCUCUGCCCGCCUCCCCGAGUCCUCGCUGGGGCAGGAGCGGAGGGGCGAGCUGGGGGAAGAGGCGGCGGGGGGUAUGCAGCUCUGUCUCCACGGAUGCCCUCGCGCCGAGCUUAUGCAGGAGUACGUCUGGGGGGGCAACCCCAGCACUCUAAUGCCCCUCCUGCCCCGUCCAGCCACUUCAGAGGGGGGCUACAGCGCAGACAGGGCCAGGCUGGAGUGCAGUCUUCUGUUGCCCCGAGAGGACUUCUACUUCCAGGCGUGUGUGUUCGACCUGCAGGCCUCGUCAGACUCAGGCUUCUCCAGGGCAGCACUCUGGGCCUCACAGGACCUAAAGACUCUGUUUCCCAGCAUGCCGCCGCAGCAGCCCCGAAACUUGAGCAGGACAGUGGGGGUGUCGGGGGCACAGCUCAGACCCAACACCAGGGCGGCGACCAUGGGCACAAUGUCUGUGUGCCUGGUUCUAGUGCUGCUGUUUGCAUAGCCUUCAGACAGAGCUGCAGACUGCAGACUGGAAGAGACUUUUUUUCUCUCUCUUGUUUGAGUAUGUGGACCUAAUGCCUUUACCAGCCACCAUCAAGCUCAGGCGAAUACAUUGCUGAUACACACAAUAAAGACAUAUAAGGACACACACACACACACACACACACACACACAAAUAUGUAAACCUCAGUUAUGAUUGAGAUGCUCUGGACCUUGUGAAUGAAAUGUGGACUCACAUGACGUAUUUUCAGAAAGUGAGGAUGUAUUGUAUGUGCUGUCUAGAUAUCCAGUAUGGAUAUGCUGUCUAGAUGUACAGUAUUAAUGUGCUACAGUAUAUGGAUGUUCAGUUUGUAUGUGCUGUCUAGAUAUCCAGUACAGAUAUAUGUGACCCUGCAAAGCAAAACCAGUCGCUUUGCACUCGAUGCUAUAUUGAGAAAAUCCACGAUAAACAAACGUUCGGGCUAAAAUGUUGAAUUUCACAUUUUCGCAUAAUUUGACAGUAUACAGUCUACACUUUCAUAUUGUGAACAAAUUUCACGGAAGUUUUGACUCUAAAAAGGAGAAGUUCUCAUUUUCUGGCAUGUUGUGAUGGGAGAACCAUGUCAACUUUGAAUGCGGUUAUCUUAGCGAUAGUUUUUCAAAUACCCUUGAUAUACAUAUCGUUGGAAAGCUUAGUUUGGCCGUUCACGUGAGCACAAUAACUUAAUUUUGUAAUUUUUAUCAAAAUGACUGGUUUUGCUUUGCAGGGUCACAUAUUGUCUAGAUAUACAGUAUUAAUGUGCUGUAUACAGUAUGGAUGUGUUGCAUGAAUAUUCAGUAUGGAUGUGCUGUCUGGAUAUACAGUAUGGAUAUGGUGUCCGGAUAUACAGUAUGGAUGUGUUGUAUGAAUAUUCAGUAUGGAUGUGUUGUAUGAAUAUUCAGUAUGGAUGUGCUGUCUGGAUAUACAGUAUGGAUGUGCUGAUGUAUGAAUAUUCAGUAUGGAUGUGCUGUAUGAAUAUUCAGUAUGGAUGUGCUGUCUGGAUAUUCAGUAUGGAUGUGCUGCUGUAUGAAUAUUCAGUAUGGAUGUGCUGUCUGGAUAUACAGUAUGGAUGUGUUGCAUGAAUAUUCAGUAUGGAUGUGCUGUCUGGAUAUACAGUAUGGAUGUGCUGCUGUAUGAAUAUUCAGUAUGGAUGUGCUGUCUGGAUAUUCGGUACGGAUGUGCUGUAUGGAAAUAAGUGAUAUGAACCAGACCCAACAUUGAAGCCGUGAUCACUCAUCACUGCAGUCUCUGCCUCCGCAGGUGCUCAUGCUGUACAGAUACACACUGGGUGCAGCCUUGCUACUCAACUCUACUCGAUUCCAAUGACUAUCAUUAUACACAGUUCAGAUGCUCAGAACUCGAUUCUAAUGACUAAUAUCAUUUAUACAGUUCAGACAGGCAGAACGUAUACUUUUUUGGUCUGUUUUCAAUGGUAGAAUGUAUGUAUGUCUGUACAGUAUGUAUGAAUGUACAGUACGUAUGUAUGUAUGCAAACACUACACUUUUUCUGUAUGGAGAAAAUAAAA